AUGGGGUGUGGUUCAAGUAGCGGUACUAAUGAUGUUACCAUUAACACCAAGAGCAAGAACAGCGGCAGGAACAUCCUGGUGGAACCCCUGACUGACCCGGCCGAUUUCCCUUAUAUUCCUGAGGGGUAUCCGCCUCCAAAACCAUCGCGGACAAAAAAGGCUACCCUUUUUGACGAAUCCAAGUACACCAACAUUGAAAAGCGAGCGAUAGAUGCGCCUGAAGCAGCUGGCAACAGUUAUACGGAAUUAUUUGAGCAUCUAUUCAAUGGGCUGAAUAAAAACCUUGAGAAAGUUAGGGCUAUAUUCUGUUGGAUCGGACACAAAAACCAGACACCAUGCAAAGGUGGACCAGACGAUUCUCCAAAUGCAAUUCUACAGCAAGUCCAGAAUGCGAACAUGUCGUUUGCAUACAUGUUCGCAAGAUUAUGCAGGGAAGCAAAUAUCCCCUGUGUGAUUAUCAGGGGAGUAGCGAAGAGUGCUCGGUACGAAGUAGGGGAUGACGAGGCCAAAGUUAGUGAACUAAACAAUCGGUGGAAUGGAGUGUUUGUGGCAGGCGAGUGGAGAAUUGUUUUCCCACAAUGGGCAUUCUCGGCUCUCGCUGGACAUAGCACUGGCAAAUUUACCCUCGUAGAAGCAGAAGGAAAUGCAGCUCGGGAGAAGCAGACGAAAUCAACGGGUGUGAGUAUUGUUCAGUUGAAUGAGUAUUACUUCCUGCCUGACCCUGAAGAUUUUGUGCAUGAAGCUAUGGCUACAGAACCAAAAUGGCAGUUUAUUGCAAAGCAGUUUAACAUGAAAAAGUUUUGUAGUGUUCCGCUCCUUCAGGAAAGCUACUUUGACCAUAACGUUGAAAUAACCUACGGAUUUAACUCGCGUUUAUACUCUGAAUACGGCGUGGUGACAGUUGGAUUCAAAGCAAGAAAUGAAAAAUGGGAAAGCUUUUUGACGUACGAACUGUAUUUUAAUGACGAAGAAUCCGAUUCAGUCUUGCCGACAGAUUUGCAGCUGGACAGGUAUGUUGUGAUGGAGAGGAAUUUCGAAAAAUGGACAUUUAGUAUUAGAUGCCCUGUCACCGGAGUGUACAAAUUAUGCAUUUAUUCUGAGUCCAGUGCAACAAAAACAUUGCUUUGUGAAUUCAAAAUGUUCUGCGACGAAGUGACGGUAGGUGGCACCAAAGCUCUUCCGUUGAAUGUUGGUCCAAUUGGCUGGGGUCCAAGUAAUGAAAUGGUUAAGGCGGGGCUAACAACACCAUCACAAAGUAAAGGAAUCGUCAAGGCCACGGCCAAAAAAGAAGUAAAUUUCAGUUUCACUUGUUCGAGAACUGUUGCUAUAAGGACAGUUCUUGUUCAUAACGAAACAUCUACAGAGGAACUUCAGUCAUAUGUGUCUCAUAAGCGUGACAAAAAAUCCAACAAGUUGAAUGUGGCAGUGUGUGUGCCUGAUGAAGGAGAGUAUGCACUGCAGAUCCACACCAAAGACAAAAACACGAACAAAGAACUGAACGCAUGCAACUACAUUAUCUCUACUGAACCGACACCACAACAAAAGAAAAAGAAAAAAAAGAAACGGGAGAACGUGACCGAAAGGAAGGCAAGAGAUGAUUUGAAAAUGACAUCGACUGGAAACGAUUUGGAAAUAUUGACAAUAUCCAUAGCUAAGUUCCAGACGAUGGGUUUAGAAGAUAAGGGUGAUUUAGAAGAUGCUCUGAAGAGACAAAACGUUCUUAAAUUGGAGAAAGGUCUAAACGAAGCCAUUAUGAGGCGUCAUAUUGACAUUCUGGAUACUGCCAUUGACAAGGCAGAGAAGUCAGAAUUCAAGUCUCAGCUCGCACCAAAGAUCGGAGAGGCGGAUCAGGUGAGGCAGGAGCUGAUCAAACUGAACAGAUUUGCACACGACAUACUGGCUAUGCGACAACCAACGGUAUCUGAGCUCCAUAGCUACAAGAUACCAAAACCCCCUGUAAAGGACGUGAUGGUGGCAACCUUCACUCUACUUGGAGAAUCAAAAGAUAACUUAGAGGUUUGGCAGGACAUUAAGACCUUAUUGAGGAGGGUAGGACCUAAUUCCUUAAUGCGUCGUGUCCGGCAGUUUCCUGAAAAACAAGCCCAUAAUGUGGAUGAGAGUACCGCGAAGGAAGUCCAGAACAUGAUCCGGGUAUAUGAAGAGGACACAGUCCGGCUUUGUAGUCCUGCUGCUGGAACAUUCUACGUCUGGGUUAACAACAUUGUGACAGAUAUCAUCGAGAACGGUAAUACAAGGAAUAAGGGUACAUAG